AAGGAAUGCGCUGUAAUUUCUCUUUCCAGGGAUCAGUUCGAUGUGUUCGCGAAAACCUUGGAGCGUCUCAGUAUUCCGCUGGUAAUUUUUUCAGCUGGCGUCGGUGACGUCAUUCAGUUAGUGUUGGCACACGACCUCGGCAGGUUGCCGAGUAACAUUCACGUGGUUAGCAAUUUUAUGAACUUUGAUACUGAGGGCAAAAUAUGCGCAUUCAAGCCUCCGCUUUUGCAUACGUUUAACAAGGGAACAGCGGUGAUCAAUGGACAGUCGACGUUUGCGUCCGACCUUCGGCGGCGUCCGAAUGUGCUCUUGCUGGGUGAUAGUCUCGGAGACCUGCACAUGGACUCGGGCCUAGUGAAUGAAGACUGCAUUUUGAAGAUAGGCUUUUUGAACGGAAGAGUACACAGCGACGUAAAUGAAUCGUUUUCACAAUUCGUAAACGGGUACGACAUAGUCAUCAUCGACGACCAAACCUUUGAUGUACCAAACUCGUUGCUGAGCGCGAUCGUUGAAUCUGCCACCAUGUACUGA